UGACAGCCGCCGACCCUACCACUCAGAACUGUCCGCUGUCGUCUGCUGACGCCAGGAGACUUAACAUUUAUCUACGAGAAGCAGGGAGAACUUUUUCAGCCUCGUUCUGGUGAUCUGAAGCACUCUCAUAACAUAGCUAGUGAUAAGAUUUAGACAGGUCAGGCUACAUAAACCCCAGUUAAGUUAGGAUUAGCGUUACAGCAGGUUUUUACAUCAACUGAGAUUUUGGAAAGAUACCUUCAACAUUUAAGGCAAUUAACUAGAAGCCAAUCAACUAAUAAGCAAGUAGCUAUUAGGCAAUUAUCAGGCAAUCAUCAAACAGGCAAUCAACAUCAGGCAAUCAACUAGCAGAGUAGCGUGGUUAGUUGUACCACAAUCUGUCGACUCAGCAUCUCUAUAACUCGCGUGUCCAGUGUCCAGAGGAUCGUUAAUUAGUAAUUAUGAUGACGUCAGGUUCAAUGUCAGUGAUGACAGGUGUCUUGGUGCUAGGGGUCAUCAUGUCCAGUGUCCAGGCGUGUUUCAUCAGGAACUGUCCGAGGGGGGGCAAGCGCUCCAUAGACGUCAUCAGCCACGAGUGUAUGCGAUGUGGGCCAGACGGUAAAGGUCAGUGUAUCGGCCCCAACAUCUGCUGCGGGCCGGAGUUUGGUUGUCACAUCUCCUCCAAGGAGACGCAGGUCUGUCAGCAGGAGAAUCAAGACGCGACGCCCUGUGUGGUCAGGGGGGCGCCGUGUGGGGCGGAGAACUCGGGGAACUGUGUGGCUGACGGGAUCUGCUGUGAUGAAGUAUCAUGUGCGUCCAACGAGCGCUGCAGACAGACAUCCAGCGCAGUUGACGGUCAGACCAAACGUAGCGACAUCCUGCAGUUGAUACACAAGCUUCUACAAGUGCGGGACUACGACUAACUGGCCAGAUUUCUUUCAAGCUAAAAGUGUUUUUAUUUCUUUUUGGCCUUUGAAAAAGAAGGGGAACAUUGUAACGGGAGAAAGGGAGUGUACCUGAUUAAAGAAUAUUAAAAUAUA